ACGGUGGCCACACGGCGCCGAUGUCGACGUCGACGCGGCGCGAGAAGGCCGAGGCGAUCCUGCAGCGCGAGUCGGUCAAGAGCGACAAGCGGGCGGCCCUUGAAGAAGUGCUUGUCGCCAAGCUCGUGAAAAAGUACGCGCUGGACGACGCCGACUUUGGCCGCGUCAUCGUGUCGCUGGUGGCCAAGCUCGUGCGCAGCGCGUCCAAGCUCAUCGAGGCCGACAUCGCGGCGCUGGAGAAGACAGUCAAGAAGCUCUAUGACGAGCGUGGGCGAAAGGAGCGCCACAUCGAGGAGCUCAAGCAGCGGCGUCCCGCGCCACAAGACGCGCUCGACUCCAAGGUCGCCGAAUUUCGCCCGCGCACGAGCCAGCGCGGCGAGCCAAAGAAGUCGCCCGAGGUCGACCUCAAGACGACCGACGAAUGGGUCCUCAUCAACGCCCUCAACAUCGUCGAGUUCGAAGAGUCGGAAGUCAACAACCUGAAGAAGAAGCACACCAAGACGGUGCAGCAGCGCGAGUGGCUGGAUGCCCAGAAGCGCGAGAAGGAGCGCAAGCUUGAAGAGGCCCGGCGCGACAAGCAGCUUUUGUUCAAAGAGCAAGUCUCGGGCUAUGACAAGUGGAAGACGGACGAAGUGACCAAGUCGCGCAAGGUCAAGGACGCGGUCGACCACAUUCGCAUGGAGCGUGACCAGCAGCUGCGCGACGCCAAGCUCCGGCAGCUCGAGCUCGAGCGCAAGAAGCAGCACGAAGAAGCGCUCGAGGUCGAGCGCUGCCAACGCGAGCUGCGGCGCGUCGAGGAAGAGGCGCUGGAGCGGAAGCGCGCCCAGCACGCGCGCAUGCACGCACUGUUGAAGGAAAACAGCCUCGUGAAAGAGGCCAAGGACAAGGCCAAGCAGCUCGAUAUGCUUCAGGACGUCAAGAUGAUGGACGAGUACGCUCGGAAGCUGGAGAAGGAGGAGGCCGACCGCGUCAAAGCCCUCCAGCACAAGCUGCAGCGCCAAGACCGCCUCGAUAAGGGCGGUGCCAUCACGAUUCACGAGCAAUUGCAGCAAAAGGCGCUCGAGGACGACCGGCGCGCUGAAAUGUACCAACGCCAGAAGCUCGAGACCGACGUCGAGCGUGAGAUGCGCGAGAUGCGCGAACGCAAGCAAGAGGCGAUGGACCGCAGCCAGUAUCUCACGUUCCAGCACGACCUCAAGGUCCAGAAAAAGCAGCAGCAGCAUCUCGAAGAGCUAGAGUACUCGCGAAAGUGCAAAGAUGAGGGCGAGGCUGCGCAACGAGAGACAAGGCACAAGCUCGACAUUGCCAAGGUGCGCAACAAGGAGUACCAAGCGCUCCUUCUGCAGCAAAUGUCCGAGCAAAAAGGCAAAAAAACAUCGGUGCUCAAGGCCAUGGACGCGCGGGAAAAAUCGCUCAACGCUGUCAUCCUGCGCAAGCUCGACGACGACCAUGUGAGCACCAAGGUCGUCGCCAAGCUCAGCCCUGACAAGAUUGGGCGGCCGCUCCCCCGCAACAACAUCUUUUAGUGCCAUACAUUUCUAUUCGACGCGUCGCC